UUUUUAGUUAGUGGUUUUACAUCAUGAGACCGUUUGUGUUAUUAUCCACCUUGAUGGCUCUUGCCAGUGCCAGACCUGAGGCAGGUUACAGUUACAGCCCACCCUCCGGCUCCUACGGAGCUCCAUCUGGUGGCGGUGGAGGCUUUGGAGGCGGAAUUGGGGGUGGACACGGAGGCGGUGGCAUAAGCGGAGGUAGCGGAUUCGGUGGUGGAGGCGGUGGAUUCGGUGGCGGCGGCCACGGAGGUGGCGGAAUCGGAGGAGGCGGUAUCGGAGGUGGUAUCGGAAGCGGAAUUGGAGGUGGAUUUGGCGGUGGAUCCGGAGGUGGAUUUGGCGGUGGAUCCGGAGGCGGAUUUGGCGGUGGAUCCGGAGGAGGCUUCGGAGGUGGAAUUGGAGGCGGCGGUGACGGUGGAUUCGGAGGUGGAUUCGGAGGCGGUUUCGGAGGUGGCACCACUACCAUCCAAAAGCACAUCUACGUCCACGUUCCCCCACCAGAACCUGAAGAAUUCAGACCUCAAAGACCAAUCUCCGUUGGACAAGCCCAGAAACAUUACAAAAUCAUCUUCAUUAAGGCCCCAAGCGCACCCGCCCCAACUGCUCCAGUAAUCCCACUACAACCACAAAACGAAGAGAAGACCUUGGUCUACGUUUUGGUCAAGAAACCAGAGGAAGGACCCGAAAUCAGCAUUCCUACUGCUGCUCCAACACAACCCAGCAAACCAGAAGUAUACUUCAUCAGAUACAAGACCCAGAAAACCGCUGGCGGUGGAACUGGAUUCGGAGGUGGAAGCGGUAUUGGCGGUGGCAUUGGAGGCGGUAUUGGAGGUGGUAUUGGAGGUGGUAUUGGAGGAGGAAUCGGCGGAGGAAUCGGAGGAGGUGAUGGUAUUGGAGGAGGCAUCGGAGGUGGAAUCGGAGGCGGUCACGGAGGCGGAAUUGGAAGCGGCAUCGGAGGAGGUAUUGGAGGUGGAAUCGGCGGUGGAUCCGGUGGUGGUAUUUCAUCCAGCUACGGCCCACCAGGCAAAUCCGGUCCAUACUAAUUUUCUUACUAAGUUACCUCUGCAGUGGUUGCUUUCUCGUAACUGCUGCACUACAGUUUGCUGCAAACCACUUCAUCCGCUAUUUGUAUUUUACCCAUAGUAUUGUAGAUUUUAGGACCUAAACUGAGAUGCGUUCAUUGGAAUGAUCCAAGGUAAUCGUUGUCGAAUAGCUGACCAUCCACCCCCCAAAAAAUAAGGCAAUUGGUUAUGAGGUGACGUCUAAAGGCGCGCAAAGUUUGGUAAAACAUGAAAAAUACAGUCCAGUGGAGAAUUUGUAUUGUAGCAAUCUGUAGCUAUUACCUCCAAAAAGUGAAUGGUGAUGCUGGUAUGUCUGCUGUUUGAUACAAAAAUCAAACUCGUAUAACGAGUUACCUUUUUGUACCAUCUGGUAGCGCUAUAAUAUCGAUUUGUCUUUUGAUCAAAUCGAAUCUUAUGGUGCUGUUUUUGGUCGAGCUGCGAAAUUCUUGUGUAAAGACUCUAAACUGUUCGCCGUAUUAAUAAGGAUUUUCUAGUUUUAUCAAAAACUGUUCCAUGUUGUAAAUAUCGUGCAAUAUAAGUGUAUGUUAUAUAUUUUAUAUAUUUUUGUAUAUUUUUUUAUGAAUACGGUGACAAAUAAAUGUAUUUUUAGUAUAA